AUGGAUAUCCACCUACUUGAUGAAUUUUCCCAGUUCUGUGUAGAAGUCACUGUAAGAUUUUCUUCAUUAGCAAGCAUUGUGCAGGCACUUUUAAUAAAUAGCCUAAACGCACUUGCUGACUAUGUAGAAGUUUGAAGAGAUGGAACAAAUAUUGAAAUCAGAGACAAUGGAUACGGGAUUUCACCAAGCGUGCUUAAAAAAAUGAGGGACGAGAUGGGCAGCUCAACCCUUAGCAAGCUUAAAAGAAUUUCAGAUCUAAAAAUCAUUACCUUUACCCGAGAGUUUGGGUGCUGAAAAGCAAUUUAUAGCGAAAAUACCGUUGCAAAAGCACAUUCAAUGAAGAAGCCUGGAACGAUUAUUAGACUUGAAAACAUCUUCAGAGGAAUCCCAGCCAGGGCAAGCCAGUUCAUUAAUGAGUCUGUGCUGGCUUCUGUGCAAGCUAUUGAGCCUUUAUUGUAUCUUACACAAAGCUUGACUUUGAAAUUAUUUUGCAAUCAAAAUUUAUAUUGUGAAUAUAGAAAGGUAGAGAGUUUAAAAGAAAGAUUGAGAAAUGUCACAAAAAUUUCUAAAUUCCAGCAUGUGAAAUAUGUUGGGAAGGCAAUUGAUAUUGAAGGUUAUAUUACAAAUUUGGAAUAUUGUGUGUUCCAUGGUAAUUAUCAAUACUUGUAUAAUGAAUUCCAGCCUGUAUACAGCCAAGAGAUUUCUGAUAGGAUCAAUGAGCUUUAUAAUAAAUGCAUUGUGGCGAGAUUUCCUGAGAACUCAAAAGAGUUUAUAAUGAAGCAAAAUCCUGCGUAUCCGGUUUAUGUGCUCUUUAUGGCACUUCCUGAAGGAAGCUAUUGGAUUAAUUAUCAGCCUUAUCGAACAGUUGAGCUUGCCAAUUCUUUUGAAGUUCUAGCUUCUUUCCCAUUAUAUAGCGAAACCUGAUGUUUUUUUAAAUAAAAAAAUAAAGUAAUAAGUUCUGAAAAUAAAAAGCAAUAUUUAAAUGAGGAGAGUAAGAGAAAUUACAAAUAUGCUAAAGGAGCAAAUAUUCAAAGAUGAUAUUAAAUACAGUUUGCUAAAUAUUUAAGCUCUUUACUUCUAUAAGCAGCAUUCUGCACAGCUUCGUUAGGUGGCCCAAGCGAUUUGGUGAGCUUACUUCUCGCCGAGUUCCACCUUUUCUUCACUCUUAUACGCCAAUCACCUGUAUCAAAACUCCAGUAAAUCGUUCUAUUUAAUAACCCUUUGCUAUGUCUUCGCCUAAUUUACCUUAUUUUUUCAGGUCAUCCCUCCAAAUUCUCUCAGCAACUUCCGCAAUUGGGGGAAAACCGCAAUAGCAGCUUGAACAAGUCAGUCGCCCUGCUCGUCUCAGGGCUGCUGGCUGGGAGCCGCUAGCAAAAAGGAGCUCCAAGUAACUGCCCAUUGGAUCACAAACAAAACUGCUAAUUCGUGCGCGAGUCCCUCAUCUUGGGAUCCCAGAUAUUUGCUGGGCCCACUUGAGGCUCCAAAAUUCAUGCCUGAAUAUACACGCAUUACCAUCACUGAGAGGGUCAUCAUUGCCAUUUUAUAUAUAUAGGUAUUUAAAGAUACUAUUACAUCUAAAGUUUGUGAAAAAUAUCUCGAAAAAACUGUCAAAAAGAGAAAAAGGGCUGAAUUUAUAGCUCCCCAAUGCUUUUCCUUCAAUGGGAAAAUCGAUGAUUUGUCUUUGCUAACUCCCCCCCCCCCCCCUCCGUGAGCGAACAAAAAAAUUUUGUUCACUCACGGAGGGGGGUUAAUUUUUUUUUUUUAAAAAAAAAUUUAUAUAUAAAUUUUAUAAAAAAUAUUUUUUUCGAAAUUUAAAAAAAUCCUAAUUUGCAAAAAUUGGGAAGCAAAUAUUAAUUUAAUUUGCAAAAUUUAUGUUUUAAAAACGCAAUUUGUUUAAAAUUAAACAGAAUUAGCUCUAGAUUUCAUUAUACUAAUUAUCACUUAUAUAUCAAAAUUUUUUUCCAUUAAAAUUUUUUUCUAUUAAAAAAAUUUUUUGUUCGCUCACGGAGGGUGGGUUUUUGGUCAAAAAAUGGUGAUUUUUCUAAUGGUUUUGUUCGCUCACGGAGGGGGGGGGGAGUAAGGCUUCUUGAUGAAAACAAAGAAAAUUUAUCUCCAGAAGAUUUUACCUCUCAAAAACUUCCUAAUGAAAAUGUCUUAAUAGAAGCUGAAGAAAGUUUCAAAACAAUGAAAAAGCCUAUCAAGCCCACUAUAUCAGACUUCACAGACGAGAUCCUCAACACAGUGCGAGUUUCUCUUACCCCGCUUCUUCCAAAAAGUUUAAAGCAGUUCCACCCCCCAAAAGAAAUUUCAAUCAAAAAGUCUCAAAAGCUUCUAUACUCAGACUCCUCUUUUUCAAUAAAAAAUCUCAAAUUUUCAACCAUCAUCUCACAGGUCGAUAAAAAGUUCAUACUCUGCCUUCUUGACAUAAACUCAAGACAAAUCAUAGCAGCUCUUGACCAACAUGCAUCUCAUGAGCGUAUAAAAUUAGAAGAAAUCGAGAGAAAGCUGCCUCAACAUUUAGAAUCUGAAGAAUGCAUGAUUCCUCUACAAGUUUCAAACUAUGAGAAAUCAGUAUUGCUUCAACAAAGCAAAAGACUGGAAAAAUGGAAAUUCAAAAUAACGGCAAUUGGGGAUGCGCUAGCUUUAACACAGGUCCCAAAGCUUUUUGGAAAGGUUUUAGGCCAGCCAGAGCUGCUACUAAGUGCUCAUACCCAAUCGUUAAUCCCUAAUCCAAUUUUGACUAUCAUGAAAUCCAAAGCAUGCAGAAGCUCAAUAAAAUUCGGAGACGAAAUAACUGUAGAAGAAUGCGAAAAAAUCUGCAAAGACUUAGAAAACUGUGCCUUGCCUACACAGUGCGCACACGGCAGACCUACAGUUUACCCUUUAAUGGAGCUUCCUCCUUAUAUCUCUGAGCUCCCACCUAUAAACUUUAGUUUGUAA